AUGUCUGGGGGCUCAGAGAGUGAUGACUCUGUAACAGCUAAUGGGAGGGUUUACAUUCCUGAAGUAAGAAAUGAGGAAACACCAGCAGUUGGGAUGAAGUUCGACUCGCUUGACCUCGUUUAUAAUUUCUAUAAUAGAUAUGCAUUCUUGGCUGGCUUUGGUGCAUACCGAAAUGAUGAAACUCGGGAGAGAAAAAGACAGCGGGGAAUAAGUAGAUGCAAUUGCAAAGCUAAGAUUGUGGUUGUGAAGACACAUGGGAGCAAGAAGUAUACCAUCUCUCUUUUUGCAGAGGGACACAAUCAUAAGAUGACACCCUCAGGAAGAAUGCAUUUACUGAUAUCACACCGUCGUAUUUCAGAUUCUACAAAAGUACUCACAAAACAGUUGGGUUCGGUUAAUAUUCCCAUUAAUCAGAAGGAUAUCUACAAUCUUGAAUGUAGUGUGAAUGGGAAGCUGAGGAACCACGAUGUUGAACUAGUGACCGAGUAUUUUAUGGCUGAACAGAAAAAAAAAUGA